AUGGAGUUGAUUGAUUUUGUUAAGGUUAUCUCUCGACAAGCCACCAUCAACAUUGGCACAAUUGGACAUGUAGCCCAUGGAAAAUCAACACUUGUGAAAGCUAUUUCUGGAGUACAUACUGUCAAGUUUAAAAACGAGUUAGAAAGGAAUAUUACAAUCAAAUUAGGAUAUGCAAACGCGAAGAUUUAUCGCUGUUCCAAUAUUGACUGUCCCCGUCCUGGUUGUUAUAGGUCAGCAGGGUCAUCUACCCCAGAUCGGUUCCCCUGUGAGAGGCCAGGUUGUGGAGGACAGUUUACCUGCGUUCGUCAUGUUUCUUUCGUCGAUUGCCCUGGUCACGAUAUUCUUAUGGCUACUAUGCUCAACGGAGCAGCUGUCAUGGAUGCAGCGUUCCUUUUGGUUGCAGGUAAUGAGCCAUGCCCGCAGCCACAGACCUCUGAGCAUUUAGCUGCUGUAGAAAUCAUGCAGCUCCAGCACUUGCUGAUCCUACAAAACAAGGUGGAUAUUAUAAAAGAAUCUCAAGCGCGAGAACAGUAUGAUCAGAUUAAGUCAUUUGUGCAAGGAACAGUAGCUGAUAAGGCUCCAGUUAUACCAAUAUCCGCACAGUUGAAGUACAAUGUUGACCUUGUAUGUAAUGAGCCAUGCCCGCAGCCACAAACCUCUGAGCAUUUAGCUGCUGUAGAAAUCAUGCAGCUCCAGCACUUACUGAUCUUACAAAACAAGGUGGAUAUUAUAAAAGAAUCUCAAGCGCGAGAACAAUAUGAUCAGAUCAAGUCAUUCGUGCAAGGAACAGUAGCUGAUAAGGCUCCAGUUAUACCAAUAUCGGCACAGUUAAAGUACAAUGUUGACCUUGUAUGUGAGUAUUUAUGCAAGAAAGUGCCAGUUCCUCCGCGAGACUUCACCUCGCCGGCACGACUUAUCGUUAUUAGGUCAUUUGAUGUCAAUAAGCCCGGAUCAGAAGUUGAGAACUUGAAGGGAGGUGUAGCUGGAGGGUCCAUACUCAGAGGUAUACUGCGUGUUGGACAAGAAAUAGAGGUUCGUCCUGGAAUUGUUUCAAAAUCUGGUGAUGGGAAAGUUCAGUGCCGUCCAAUCUUCUCAAGGAUUGUGUCAUUGUUCGCUGAGCAAAACCAUCUAGAGUACGCUGUUCCAGGAGGUAAUAAAGGCUUAUUUUUCCAUGAUCUUUCAUCCCUUUAUUGCCAAACGCUCACUUCGUCUGAUUUAUUUUUUUGUGAGGAAAGGAGUAAAUAUAUCAGUAGGGAUUGCUGUCAAUUCUACUUUAAAUUCCCUGUUACAUCCGACUUAAGUGUAUAUUUACAGAUUGGUGAGAAAAUUGCUUUAUCCCGUCGUAUCGAGAAGCAUUGGCGCUUGAUUGGUUGGGGAACGAUCCGACGAGGAGUGACAAUCGAACCA